CGUGUACUUCGUAUUCGAAAGCGUAACUGAGCGAGCAUUUGGCCACUUGUGAAUUCAAUCAAAUGUGUCAAAUUUGGCGAACGUUGGUUGCGGUGGCGGCCAUCGCUAGUACCACCAAAGUGGAAGGAACCUCCGCCGUCAGGACUGCCCCCAUCAAGCAUGACACCCCCCUCACGUAUGUGGCCGUGGCCCCUACCGAUCCGUUUGUGGAGAUGACUGCCGCGUUGUUCGUGGACGACUACCAGACAAAAUUGGACUUUCAUUUCGCCACGAUCCACGCCAACCGCGUCGUGUCGGCUGAGGUAGCCAAACACAAUGGUGACAACGCUGGCAACACGUACAGAGUCAACUUGUUCUUGGCGCUGCACUUUGACUCGACCCACUUUGGCGGGCCCAAGUACCACACCGUCGCCAGCGCAGACUACACGUGCACGAACGACACGACGACCGACGACCUCUGCACGCCCGACGCGUUCCUGGAAAACCCGCGCACGGUGCACACUCUCGACACGAUUCCCAACCUCGUCAAGGACACGUUGAAUUCGACGGUUUUGUUUGAGCAAAUGGCGAUUCACUUUACAGCGUACGAGACCCAAGCCCUCACGACGCACACCCCCAACGCCCUCAUGCACUACGUGGCAUUUGCCAUCCACGACCAGCCCGUGCCUUGUCGCGCGAGUCUGUACUACGACGGCGCCCGCACUCAUGUGUUGCAUUACAACACGGACUGCUUGACGGCUACGUAUGACUCAGCAAUGCUCCGCACGGCCGAGCGCGACGAUAAACUUAAGGUGGUGGGGACCGUCGCGGGUGUCGCGGCGGUGCUGGCUGUGCUUGGGAUGUUCCUCGUGCGACGUGCCGGCAAAACACCCCCAAAAGCGUACACCCCGGUGCGACUUCAGAAAGAACCGGCGGAUUACUCCCCCAAGGCCGAGAUCCGCGACCCGUCCAAGUCGUAUAGCUCCAUGGCAGUGUAGUAAUAAUAAUAUACAUACAUAUGAAUCCAGUCUGAAUCACA